GAGAGCUUGGGUUCGGUGUGGUCAUGGGUAACGGUAUGUCUGAAGAAGAACUGAACUCAUGUAAAUCUCAUCAGUGGUACCGGAGGUUCUUGACCGAGUGUCCGUCUGGUCAACUUAUGUUUUAUGAGUUUAAGCAGUUCUUUGGUCUGAAGAAUCUGUCGGAUACAUCAAACGCUUAUGUGAGGAACCUCUUCACCACGUUCGACAUGAACGACGAUGGAUUUAUUGAUUUUAUGGAGUACGUAGCUGCUCUGAGUUUGGUGUUAAAAGGCGGCGUUCAGCAGAAACUACGCUGGUAUUUUAAACUCUUUGAUGUGGAUGGCAGUGGAUGUAUCGAUCGUGAAGAACUGCUGCAAAUCUUCAAGUCGGUUCGAGCGAUCAGUGGAGUAGAUCAUGAGAUCUCUGCAGAAGACUUCACAGAUAUGGUGUUUGAGAAGAUUGACAUCAAUGGAGAUGGUGUGCUCUCUAUGGAGGAGUUUAUGGAAGGUAUCCAGGCGGAUGAGAAGAUCCUGGAGAUGUUAACUGAGAGUUUGGAUCUGUCUCAUGUCAUCAAUAAAAUCUACAGUGAGAUUAACUCUAAAGAGCACAUCAGCUGAUCUAAGACCAGUCGGAGAUCAGGGUGCCAAAUACACACACGCAGCUGAUGAUUCUGAUUGGAGAAGCACCG